AAACGUAGGUCCGAGAGUGUAAAUAUUGAUUACAUAUAUUCUUAUUGGCUAGUUAAGUAUAGAAACAACGAUUCACAUUAAAAUCUAUGACUUUUUUUAAUAAAAAUUUGAUAAUUAAAUUUUAAACCGUGCAAAUGUGAUAGAUAUUGUAAAAGUAUCUAUAACCUAUAACCAAGAAGAAUAAAAGUUUCGAAAGCAAUUAAGUAUUAAUUGUAAUCAUGAAACAUCAAUUUGCCGAUGUUAAACCAACAUCAUCUACAAAAGCCGAAGCUGAUGAAUGCUUAUUUGAGUAUCUUCAUGGGGAAAUGGUAAAUUAUGUGAUCAAUCAAACACCGAAAGAUGCCAAUAACAAGGAGGAAGAUCUUUCCAGACUAGAGUGGAUGGGUUUUAGUGUUGGAUAUCGAAUUAUAGAAAGAUUAACAAGGGAAUGGCAAAGAUUCAAAGAUGAGUUGGAUAUUAUUAAGUUUAUUUGUACAGAUUUUUGGAAUAGUUUAUAUCAUAAGCAAGUAGAUAAUUUACGAACUAAUCACCAUGGUGUUUAUGUACUUCAUGAUAAUGAAUUUCGAUUAUUGGCCAAAGUUGGUAAAAGUGGAAGCAAACAAUAUUUACAAGAGAGUCCUCGCUUAUUAGCUUUUACAUGUGGACUCUUGAGAGGUAGUUUAGCAAACCUUGGUAUGGCAUGUACAGUCAAAGCAGAAGUUGCUAAUUUACCAAGCUGUAAAUUUCAUGUUGAAGUACAAAGAAUUUAAUCUUAAA